AUGGCGAUGAAUAACCCAUCCCCCAUCAUAUCUUCCGAGAACUCUUCAAACCACGACCUCAACGACGAAACCAAAGGAGAAUUCAGCAGCGACGAUCCAGCUCCUGGCGGAAUCAUCUUUUCCGCAUACAAGAAACCCAGUUGGCGCAGUACAUGGGGAUUUGGACGUAUAACCAUCGGUCCACGAAUUGGGCCCGUUUUGCCACAUCUACGUGUUGAGGCCGAUUCAACUAGUAUCGAUAGUGAUAGUGGAAAUGAUAUUUUGAAUAAGCAGAUUAAGGCUGAAGCGGAUUCGACGAUUAAAUAUCGGAGUUGCAGUUGGCAAGAGACUGCGGCGCUUCUUUUCUCCGAAUAUAUCUGUUUGGCCAUUAUGUCAUUUCCGUGGUCUUACUCAAUUUUGGGACUGGUACCCGGUCUCAUUUUAACUGUGGUGGUUGCGUUCUUGGUUCUCUAUACGUCUCUCGUUUUAUGGGAAUUUUGUAUGCGUCAUCCGGAACUUAGAGAUGUUUGUGAUGUGGGACAAAUGCUUUUUGGUGGAAGAUGGGCUUGGCAUGCUACAGCUGUCAUGUUUCUUUUGAAUAAUACCUUUAUUCAGGGUCUUCAUGUUUUGACUACUGCAAAGUAUUUCAAUACUAUCACCAAUCACAGUCAAUGCACAGUAAUAUUCGCCAUUAUCUCCGCCAUCAUCUGUUGGGUAUGUUCAGUGCCGAGAACCUUCAGCGCUCUAUCAUAUCUAGCCACCGCAUCCGCAAUCUUCACCUUCAUCUCCGUGAUCCUAGCCACCAUCUUCGCAGCCAUUGAACCCCACCCUCUCGGCUACAACCCAGACCCUACCUCAAUAAUCGCAGCAACAGGUCUCCUCGGCGGCGCCCCAACCGUCACAGCCAUCCCCGUCAAAGGCGUAACUUUCGUCGCGGGUUUCAAUGCCUUCCUCAACAUCUCCUACACAUUCAUUGGACAAAUCACCAUCCCAUCCUUCAUGUCCGAGAUGAAAGACCCGGCCGAUUUCCCCAAAGCACUCUGGGCCGUCACCAUUGCCGAAAUCGUCGUCUUCAGUUUAGUCGGCGCAAUCAUUUACGCCUAUACCGGAAACCAAUACAUGACUGCCCCUGCCUUUGGAUCUCUAGGCAAUAAACUCUACGUCGAUAUUUCCUUCUCCUUCAUGAUCCCCACACUCAUAUUCCUAGGCGUACUUUACGCUUCUGUCUCCGGGCGCUUCAUCGUGCUCCGCGUCUUCCACAACAAUAAACGUCAUCUCACCGAACAUACCGUCACCGGCUGGUCAGUCUGGAUUGGAAUCUUGGCCGUAACCUGGGUUGGCGCCUUCAUCAUCGCCGAAGUAAUCCCCUUCUUUUCCGAUCUCCUAUCUCUCAUGUCCUCACUCUUCGAUUCUUUCUUCGGAUUUAUAUUUUGGGGCGUCGCUUAUAUACGCAUGAGACGGGUUGAUCACGGACCGAAUUGGAUGGCUAAGACGAGUAAAGUGGGACUGGCGUUUAAUGUGUUGAUUAUAUUGAUUGGGUUGCUGUUCUUGGGUGCAGGUACUUAUACUAGUGUGCAGAGUAUUGUGGAUGGGUAUAAUAGUGGAAGUUUUGGGGGCGCGUUUACUUGUGCUAGUAAUGGGAUUUUUUAG